UACACAUAUAAAAAAUUAAUGUUAAUUAUAAUUGAUUAUAAUAAGCAUAAUCUAAAGUUAUUUCAUAAAGAUUGAAAAGUUGAACGGUCUGCAGUUUUAAUUUGAGGUUAUGUCAAUGACAGCUCAGUGGAUUUAAUAAGAUUAUUUAUGCAAAAUUGUAAAUUCAUAAUUGUGAGAGUAAAUCAUGUCUGAUGAUAAACCGAGUUUACCAGUAGCCCCCAAGGAUUUAUGUUUUUUGGAGCAUGAAUUUAUUCAGAGUAAUUUCAAUGUGGAUACUUUCCUUCAAGACCAUAGAAAAGUUGUGAAACUUGAAACUAUGAGAGAUGAUUUAGGAAUGUAUUUGAAAUUAUUAAGAUCUGCAAUGAUUGAUUUAAUUAACAGAGAUUACACGGAUUUUGUUAAUCUUUCAAGUAAUCUCAUCGGUCUUGACAAAGCAAUUAAUGGCUUGGAAAUACCACUUAGCCAACUUAGAGAAGAAGUUAUGCAAAUUCAGCAAACAUUAGAUGACGAAAUAACAAUUCUAUCCGAUAGUCUGACCGAUGAUUGUCAAAUAAAAUUACAGAAACAGAGUUUACACAGCUUGCAAUGCGUUUACAAAUGUUUAAAGAAAUUGUCAUCAAUGUUAUCGGUGGAUAAUUAUAUGGAAAGUUUCACGAAAAUAGAUGUUUUAGAACAAGCUACUGCAGAACUGAAUCAUUUAAAAUUUCAUAUAUCCAGAUGCAAAUCAGAUAUUUCUGUAGAUCAACAAACAGAAAGCAAGAAAUUAGAAGAUCUUCUAAUAAUACAUCUGAAUGAGUUAUUUUUAGCUUGUAUACAUGAGAAAGAUAAUAAUUUAUUAAUUCGUUGCUUGAGAAUUUAUAUUAUGCUUGAUAAUGUUACAACUGCAGAAUCAGUGGUAAGAAGAGAUGUCAUUAGUCCAAUUAUAAAUAAUAUACUUCAAGAUGAAAACUCACAAACUGAAUCUAAUAAUCUUCAAAGUAUUUAUCAUAGAUUGUUAAAUAUUUUAAGCGGAGAACUCAAACAACUUUUAGACAUCACGUUAUACUCCAAUAGGAUAAAAGUAAAGGGUUUUAAUUUUUUAGUAAAUAGUUUUUGGAUUGAAAUAGAAGAAAAAAUAGAUCAGGAGUUGAAAUAUAUUUUUGCACCUGGAAAUCCUGAGUUGUUUCAUAAAAGAUAUACAGAAACAAUGUGUUUUCGUAAAAAACUUGAAGAAUUUUAUGACGUGCCUGAACGUGGAAGUAUCUUGAAAGAUCAUUUACAAUAUAAAAAUUUUCUUAAAAAAUGGAAUUUACCAGUUUAUUUUCAAAUUCGAUUUCAAGAAAUAGCCGGUACAAUCGAGACGGCUUUUAAAGAGCCAAUUUCAUCUGAUUUGAUUAAAGGAUCUGCCAAUACUUUAAUGUUAGAAGAAUUCUCUCUUCAUACAACGUGCAUAGUUUGGAAUAAUUUGCAUAGGAUAUGGUCUGAAAAUAUAUAUCUUUCUCAACUUUUUCAAGAAUUUUGGAAAUUGACUUUGCAAGUAUGUUCAAGAUAUCAAACAUGGGCUUGUACAGCAGUUAAACAAAAAUUGCAAGAAAGUAAAAAGUCUAAAGGUAUAGCAAAUACCAAUAAUAAUUCUAAAUUGGAUUUUUUAAUACAUUUAUACUGUGACGUAGAAAAAUUUGUUAAUGGAUUACCAAAUUUCUUACGGAUAGUGCAAUUAAAAAAUCCAAACCAAAAUUCAACUACAUCAAAAUUAUUAGAAGAUUGCUUGACUGAAACGUCUAAAUCAAUUAACAUGAUUUUGCCACUUACAACAGAAGAAAUUGUAAAUGAACUUAUAACACACUGUGUAACAUAUUUGAAACAAGUAAGCGACAUUCCAAGAUUGUAUAGACGUACUAAUAGAGAAGUACCUACUAAACCUUGCGCAUAUGUUAAAAAUGCAUUGAGUUUUCUUUCUAAUUUUCGUAACAAUUAUAAUGACUUUGUACCAAAAAAUGUUACCACGUGGUUACAAUUAGCGCUGUCUUUGUUAACUGAACGUUAUUUAACAUCGGUAACAGAUGUAUUGACAUCUGUUCAAAAAACAGAAGAAAGUUUAAGAAGAUUGAAAAGAAUACGUGAUAAAUCGACAGGUGUACUCCCGUUAGAUUCUCAAGGAAUUACUGAUGAUGAAAAAAUUCGUAUUCAGUUACAAAUUGAUGUCAAUGCAUAUAGUGCAACUAUUACUGAACUCGAUAUACCAGUUUCAAAUAUAUCACAUUUGCAAGAAUUAUCACAAGCUGUUGAAGCAGCUUUAAAAAAAUAAUAUUUUUAAAUAGUUCAUUAUAUUUCACUUAAUUCGUAUGAUUUAAACGACAGAUGUAAGAAAGCAAAUGAAUAAAAGGGUGUUAGGAAUACGUUAAA